AUACAGAAAAACCUUGUACUAUAUCAUCUCCUCGAAAACCCUAAUGCUCACUGGACAUCACACACCAUUAGCCUAACUCUUCGCGCCUGGUCAGCUGCUUCCUCAAAUCGUCGAAAAUGCCGUUCAAGAGGUUCGUAGAGAUCGGAAGAGUCGCCCUUGUCAACUACGGGGAGGACUAUGGGAAGCUCGUUGUUAUCGUCGAUGUCAUUGACCAAAAUAGGGCGCUUGUUGAUGCUCCUGACAUGGUGAGGAGCCAGAUUAAUUUUAAGAGGCUUUCACUCACAGAUAUCAAAAUUGACAUCAAAAGGAUCCCAAAGAAGAAGACCCUCGUUGCAGCUAUGGAGGCUGCUGACGUGAAGAGCAAAUGGGAGAGCAGUUCCUGGGGAAGAAAGUUGAUAGUUCAGAAGAGGAGGUCCUCGCUUAAUGAUUUUGACAGGUUCAAGCUCAUGCUGGCAAAGAUAAAGAAGGCUGGAGUUGUAAGACAGGAGCUUGCUAAGCUUAAGAAGGACGCUGCUUAAGAACUCUUUGAUUAGUGAGAUUUGUAUGAUAGGAGUUUUGGAAGUCGUUGUGUUUUGCUUUUAGAUUUUGGUUCAUUACUGGCAAGUCAUUUGGUUUCAUCUUUGGUGUCAUUGAAGACUCCUAGAAAUCAAUUUCCCAAUAGUUUUAAUUUGAAUUAUGAUGGUGAACAUUCUCUUCGCAGACACUUCAUUUUGUUGCUCAAAUUGUUUUCGUUUCAUA